AUGACAACAACUCCAGCAGCCUAUGCUGCAAAAGUAGUGUCCUCUUCCUCAUUUUCCGAAGCACGAUCAAGAGUACUCUCUUUAUAUAGAGAUUGGCAACGGGCGGCUCCAAAAAUAGUUCAAUCAUAUCUUCUUGAUUUUCCCGUAGCAACGGCACGUGCGAAAAUCAGAGAAGAGUUUGAAAAAAACCGUUAUGUUAGCGAUUUAAGGGUAAUUGACGUCUUGAUUUUUAAAGGCCGUGCCGAAUAUCAAGAAACCCUUAAUAGUUGGAAAAUGGAUACGCAUAUCAUGAGGUACUUUUCGAAAGAAGAAUCGCCUCCUAAACCUGAAGGUUUUCUGGAGAAAUUUUACGGUAUAGAAUUUUAA